AUCUCAGAUCCUGCAUCAGUCGUGAAGAUGGCUGGCCUGUGCUGGAUGGCUGUGAUGCUGGCCUUCCUCCUGUCUGUUCCUAAAAACAGUUUGGCUGAUGAUUACAACGGCAGGCUUCCACAAAUUGUAAACGGCAUCUUGAGAGGGUAUGGAGUACAAGGCAUGUUCAGUCUGGCUGUAAGGAUCCCGAAAAACCAGAACCAGAACCAGAACAUUAAUCAAAUCCUUAAUCAAGUAUUCACAAGUGAUCCUGCCAACAAUGUGAAGAAUACGAUGAACAGUGGUGGUGUGUACACCGGCAGCCGGGUGGUUGCAGCCAAAGUUCAGAGACACGUCACGGGAGGAGCUGAUCACGCAGAGUCACGUGUCGUAGAUCACUUUAACCACCUGCUCAACACGCGCAAUGAUAAUGAUUUUCUGCUUUUCUAUGUUUAUGCCUCCCCAUGUGUGGAAAAAUGUACAAGCCGCACGCAUAAUGAUAACAUUCUCCAAAGGAUGAAUCAAAUUCUGGAAUGGGACAGUUACGCAGUUGUGUUUUCUAAAAUAUUCAAGCCCAAAACUGGUCCAGCCAAUACUGACGAGCAGCGUAGUGGCGCCCUUCAGCAACUCGGGACGUACCAAGGUUCCCGAGGUCAAAUUGGUCUAAACAACAUAUUCCGUUGUGAUAAACGAGCUAAUCAGAUGCAAUGCAGCGUAUGCUCUAGUGGUAAUGGAGUUGCUCACUACUGCGUUUCUGAUGGUACAGUAGGUGGGAGUGGUACAGGAUGAUCCAGUAGAACGGGUGGCAGAGGGUGAGUAGGUUCAGCAUCUAACGUGCUCACAAUGAAAAUGCUAUAAUGUUUACUUUCUUCACCAUCAUAGGUUAGCAUGUUAGCUGUGCAGCUAACGGCUGACACUGAUGGGCUAAUCAUUUGUUUUGCAGGAAUUUGGUCAUAAAUCAAAACAUGAGACAAAUUAAAAUUCUGUAAUCCAUCCAAAGAUGAUGAUUGAUGUAAUCAACAUGUAAACCUGAAAUUUCAAUACCGCUAUUGAUUAUGCUACUAAAUCAAUCAGUUUUCUUACCUUUAUUUUGCUGAGGAUAAAGAAGUUUUUCUACUAAAAAUGUUUUUCAAGAUCAUUUCAUUUUCUUAAAUUCUCAAAUGCAUUUGUGUUUUUAUCAUUAUUACCCAGUUACUUUACGCUUCUGAGAUGUUUUGUUUUUUCUGAUUAAAGCUUGGCUCAGCGUCAACUCUG